AUGAGGUCUGUCGUCCGACAUGCACGACAUGACAUGAAACCGGGGUGGGGUGAGAAUGCAGAGGUAUCGCACAGCCCUACUGUCCAGGUCCAGGUUCUACUGUUUUGGGAGACUUUAAGUGUGGUUAUGUUUGGCAACAACGCCCUCGGGCCUCGCACUUGGACUCUUGGCUGGAUGACGAUGCCUUCAUCACAUGAUCACUGCACGCCGCUAUCUCUCUCAACUACGACGGACUCGGAUUCUCAAUCGGUACACGUUAAAGAACUGGGGAAACAUCCUAUAAUUUGUUUUGGAGCACCCGGAAACUCAGAAGGCAUAUCACGGUUUGGACAAGAAUUCACGGCGGCCAUGGAGAAUAACUUUGCAAACCCCUCAGAUUCUUGGGGAAAUCCCCCAUCUCUGGUUCCACUAAUCAUUCCAACCUCCCCUGCCAUCCAUUGCACGCUUUCAGCAGCGAAUGCCGUACCCUCUGGCUCACCUUUCGCUUCCCACGCACUCUCCACAGCUUAUUUCAAGCCCUCUAUCAGCCACCAGCCCAUCGGCCGCCUCACAUACGCCUCAAACAGUCCAUCUCGAACCUCCCUAGGUGGCUGUUUCAUCCGCUAG